AAGUGCAGGUGAACAAGUGCGGUCAGUCACACGCGAGUAAUCGGCGUCGUCUGUAGCAAAUGUAGCAAUCCUCAUCUCACAUGACCGGCGCUGACGCAGAUGGAAGGUUCGAACUGCCAUCAAAACGGUGCAGAGGCUCCGGUGCUCCGCAGUCCACGCCCGGGGAGAGAUGCUGCCGGUCCUUCUCCGAUAUAAACUUGGUCACCGCGAGUGUCAAUGUCAGUGAACCUGUGAUCGCCCGGUUUCGAUUGUGUUAGUGAAAAAAAUCAAUAUGAUUAAAAUAUCAACGGCCUUUUUAAAACAGUUAUGGCUGACGUUUGGCGCUUCGCUGGCAUUUUUAAUCAUCGGCCUGGUGAGAGGUUACUCCGCGUCUGCUCUGCCAUCCAUCGAGGCCACUGAACCCGGCCUCAUCCAGACUAGCGAACAAAAAUCCUGGAUAGGAGCCAUCCCGCCGCUGGGCGCGUUCGUGGGCAGCAUGAUGUCGGGCGUAAUCAUGCAGCACGCGGGCCGCAAGCGUACGCUGCAGAUGGCAGCACCGCUGUGGGCCGCUGGCUGGCUGCUGCUCGGCUUCGCGCCGUCCUUCGCGCUCGUGCUCGUCGGACGCUUCGUCGAUGGACUCUGUGUCGGCUUCACGCUGGCGCCAGCGCAAGUUUACGUGAGCGAGUGCUGCGACCCGGAAAUCCGGGGGAGGCUGGGCUCCCUGCCCACGCUCUCCAUGUCGCUGGGCAUAGUGCUGUCGUAUGUCGCCGGCAACUGGCUGUCCUGGAGGCAUUUGGCGUUCUUCUCAGCGACAUUCUGUGGUGCUCUGUUCCUGGUUCUGCUUCCGCUGCCCGAGUCACCCGUGUGGCUGGAGGGGCGGGGCCUGGACUCCACGGCUGCCAAGAAAUGGCUCCACCUCUCCUCGCGAGCCACGGCCGUGGUCAAGGACGAUGUGCCAGAGAAGCCGAGCGCGGAGGCCCCGAAGGCACCGAGCCUGUUCACGCGCGAGGUGUUCUGCUCGCCCGCCGUCGUCAAGCCGCUGGUCGUCGGCUUCUCGCUGCUCUUCUUCCAGCAGUUCAGCGGCAUCGACGCCGUCAUAUUCUUCACCGUUGAGAUCUUCCAGAGUGCAGGAAGCACUCUAAACCCUAUGAUGGCGACGAUUAUAGUCGGCGUAGUGCAGCUGGUGUGUAACGGAGUGAGCACCAUGGUGGUAGACCGGGCCGGGCGGCGGCCGCUGCUGCUGCUGUCGGGAGCUGUCAUGUGCGCCUCCAUGCUCGCCAUGGGCACCGCUUACUACAUGGAGCUGCAGCACUCGGCGUGGCUUGGAUACCUCCCAGUGGCCAGUCUAGUGGUGUUCAUGGUGGGCUUCUCUCUCGGGUUCGGCGGGCUGCCGUUCCUGCUCCUUGGCGAGUUAUUUCCCGCGCACCACCGCUCGCAGCUCUCCGCCAUGGCAAGCGCCGUCAAUCUACUGUCCAUGUUUACUGUCAUCAAGUCCUUCCAUGCGUUAGAGACGGUGCUGACAUCUGCCGGCACUUUCUGGAUGUACGCGUGCUUCUGCGCGCUGGCGUUCUUCUUUGUGCUGUUCAUGGUGCCUGAGACCAAGGGCAAGUCGCUAGCCGAGAUCGAGGAGCACUUCCGCGGCAAAAAGAAGAGCGACGCGGUCAAAUUGCAGAAAAUAUCCACCAUAGCGUAAUAUUAGGAUGUAAGUAUAGGAAAAGUUAAUGUUGCAUACUUUCAAUUAUUUUUGAGUAUUUUGAAGUCAUUUAGUACCGCUAAGUUAGGUACUAUUAAAACGUCUUUGGUUGAUGUAGCGCACACAGAAAGGCAGGUUUAGUCUGAAUAUUAGGAAGUAUCGUAAGUAGGAAAUGUUCUUGUUACAUAUUAUAGAAUAGGUACUUUAUCAAUAGUUUGUCACCUACUUUUGGAUAUUUUGGAGCCAUUUACUAUCGCUUAAUAUUUAGGUGUAAAAUGUUGGCGUAGAUUGAUGUAUAAAAAAUAGCUUACACAGAAAAUC